GCCUGCAGGAUUAUGUUGGAAAAGAGGAGGAACCAGAAGCUUUGCAGAUAAAAGAAGAGCAGCAAAACCCAGAACAUCCCUGGAAAGAAGAGGAAACCAUGGAGCUCCCCAAAAGUGAGCAUGAUGACCACCCUGUUGUGAAGCAAGAGACUGAAGAUUUAGGAGAGCAACCUUCCCUAUGCUUAACAUGGGGAGAAAACUUUCUAAAAAAAGAACAUUUCAUUGUUCACACUCACACAGGUCAGAAGAUUUAUGAAUGUCUGUCUUGUGGAAAAACGUUCACUCAGAAAUCUAAACUUAAUAACCACAUCAGAACUCACACAGGUGAGAAGCCAUUUUCCUGCACCAUUUGUAACAAGAAUUUUACCGAAAAGAGUAAUUUGACCCAACACAUAAAAAUUCACUCUGGUGAGAAGCCUUUUGAAUGUCUGUCCUGUGGAAAAAUGUUUACAAUGAAAUCUAGUCUUGAUAAACACAUCAGAACUCACACAGGUGAGAAGCCUUUUUUCUGUACAAUUUGUAACAAGAAUUUUACUGAUAAAAGUAGUUUGGCUAAACACAUGAGAAUUUACUCCGGUGAGAAGCCUUUUCAAUGUCUUUCCUGUGGAAAAAGCUUCACCUUUAGGUUUGAUCUUAAUAAUCACAUCAAAACUCACACAGGUGAAAAACCUUUUUCCUGUACCAUUUGUAACAAAGAUUUUACUGAAAAAAAUGGUUUGACUAAACACAUGAGAAUUCACUCUGGUGAGAAGCCUUUUGAAUGUCUGUCCUGUGGAAAAAGCUUCACCUUUAAGUCUGAUCUUAAUAAUCACAUUAGAAUUCACACAGGUGAGAAGCCUUUUGAAUGUCUGUCCUGUGGAAAAAGCUUCAUUAAGAAAAAUAAUCUUGAUAAACACACCAGAAUUCACACAGGUGAGAAGCCUUUUUGCUGUACCAUCUGUAACAAGAACUUUACUGAGAAAAGUAGUUUGACUAAGCACAUGAGAAUUCACACCGGUGAGAGGCCUUUUGAAUGUUCGUCCUGUGGGAAAACCUUCACUCAGAAAUAUAAUCUUGAUACACACAUCAGAAUUCACACAGGCGAGAAACCUUUUUCCUGUACAAUUUGUAACAAGAACUUUACUGAAAAAAGUAAUUUGACUACUCACAUGAGAAUUCACACAGGUGAGACUCCCUUUUUAUGUCUUUACUGUGGGAAAAGCUUACGCUCGAAGUGUGAUCUUGAUAAACACAUCAGAACUCACACAGGUGAGAAGCCUUUUUCUUGUACCAUUUGUAACAAGAAUUUUACUCUUAAAUGUAAUUUGACUAAACACGUUAGAAAUCACACAGGUCAGAAGCUACUCUCUUAAAUGAUUUGUGAAAAAGGUUCUAAACGAGAAGGUAAUUUGAAUAUUGAGAUGACAUUUAUUCAUGCAUGAUGUGGAAUGAUUUUUUUUUUUUUUUUUUUUACAUUUGUUUCACAUAAGUUGCAGCAGUUAGACACCACUGGUAUGAACAUUAGAGGUGUUUUCCAUGUUUGACUGGUGAUAAAAUGUCCGUCUAGAAACUCCUUCACCUCAUUACAUGAGAAACUCACGGGUUAAUGGUCCUUUUUCAGCUAAGUUUUGAGAAAGCCAUUAAUUAACAGCUCUGUUUACAUAGAAACUGGAACAGAUAAAGUUUUAUAUUGUAUAUUGUAUUAAGUGUAUGAUCUGGUGAACUGUAAAGUGCCUUGAGAUGACUUGUGUUGUGAAUUAGUGCUAUAUAAAUAAACUGAAUUGAAUUGAAUUAAAUUAAACCUGGUUAAUAUUCAGGUCCUGGGUGAAUAUCUGGAUGUGAAAAUUUUAAAGUUAAUUAUUUUGGGCCUGAGUAAAUUGGAUUUAAAGGGCCAAAAAAGAAUUGUGCUAACCAAAAAAAAAUGUUUACAUUCACAAUUUAAUCAUUUUCUGUAAUUAAGGGAAUAAAGAGCAAUGAUAACAUCUUGGUUACAAAUUAAGCAAGUUUGCUGUCCAUAAAACAAGCACUUGAGAAGUUCUAGAUGUUUGAAUUGAAAAACAUCCAUACCAACCCCUACUGUGCCAUUUUGGUAUGGUGUGGCACAACUUUUUCUGAAUGAAUUUAUUCAGAAAAAAAACUCAUAAUUUUUAUUUUUAAGAAACUUUUAGCUGAAUGAUAAGCUAUAUGUUGGAUAUAUUCCAGAAACAGACUUUAAAAUAGAUGAAAAUAUCCUCAGAUGAAAAUAAAGGCAAUGGUACGAACCAAUUAAUGUGCUUUACUCAGUUUAGCUGAUGUUUUUGGAUUAUUUUCUAAGAGGUUAGCUGUAAAUGAUCAGAGUUUAGCUAAUUCAGUGUCUUGUUGGCUUUCAUUAGCAAUGCAUUAAUCAGCCCUGCUAUUGUUAUGUUAUGUUAUAUGUUAUUUUUUCUGAUCAGUUUGAACCUGCUUUAACUUGGUAAAAAGCCUUUGUCUUAAUAAUGUAUUGAAGAAAUAUGAAACUUAUCUAGAAGUGUGAAGUUUCUGCUUUUCAAAGAUUUUUUAAAGUAUAAUUUUCCUUUGAACUAAUUCUAAUAGUUUUGUUCUUGAUUCUGUAGAUGUUCUAUUUACCUGCUAUGAUUGAAAGUAACUAUCACCUAUUUUAUACAACUGAUUUUAUGGAUUAUAUUGUGUUGUGGAUGUUUUAAAUUAUUGUAAUAACUUCUAAAUUGAUGAACGAGCAGCAAUAAAAACCUCAUGGAUUGUAAAAA